AUGUCAGCUCCAAGAAACAUUCUUUACACUCAUGAUAUCUUUAUCAGAACCAUUGUCCCAGAAUGUUUGAUUUCUUACUUCAACCUGGAUUUCGAAGUAGUUGAAAUCGAUGAAGCAAAAGAGCAAUAUGCUAUAGAUUUUCCAAUUAAAACAACCCCAGCUUUGAAAUUAAAGGACGGAUCUAAGUUCUUUGAACAACUUGCCGUCAAUGAGUAUUUGGUCCGUUCUACUGGCAACGAAGCUGAAAUCAAGCAAUUACUAGGUUCCUGUGAUGAUUUACUUAAUCAAGCCAAUAUUAACAGCGUCGCUUCCUUCGGUGGUUCUGACGUGUUAAAUAUUCUGGCUGGUUAUGUUAAGCCUUACAUUGGUAUGCUACCUUACGAUGAAGCUCGCGAACAUAGAGCUUUAGAAAAACUUAACAUCUUUUACCAAUUUUUUGAAGAAAAAUUAGCCACCAAUAAGUAUUUAACUGGGGAUGAAAUUACAAUGGCUGAUUUGAUCACUGCUACCAGUCUGAAAUUAGGUUUUGCUUUUAUGUUCGGUAGGGAAUGGAGAGAUGAGCAUAAAUCUCUGACUGAAUGGUUCGAAAAUGUUAUCCAUUCCAAAUACUUAGAAUCUCAUUUCAAGGAUUUCAAGUAUCCUGAUGUUCCACCCACCCUAUAA